GCCGCAUCGGCGACCUUCGGGCCGCCGAUUCACCUACGCAACUCUGUCGCACUAAAUAACAUGUAGCGCCGUCAAGCUGGAGCAGCCAUCAGCCAAUCAGAGGACGAAUACAACGAAAAACUCCUCAACGCGACCUCAGCAGCGCUCGAAACAAAUUAGUUUUUUUGUCUCUCGCUCUCGAGAUUUCACGGCGGUCGCUGCACAUCAUGUUUUCGGCCUUUUGCGUAAAUGAAAUGCUGCGCAGAAACAUACCAGCAGCCCAAACAAUAGUCACUCUCCAUUGAAGGCGGUCCAUGAUAGGCUUAGCCGGCGACUUCUACCCACAUCCUGCGAUGAGUCAGAUAAGGUACCGGAAUAAUGCAGACUUCCAACGGCCAAGUGACAUGGUGGGAAGGGAAAGCCCGCCUCAACACGUUCUGGCGCCGCAGGGGCCAACCGGAGAAAAUGGGGUAUCGCAGAUUGUCCACUUUUAUCAAGAUCAAGUGGUAUUUAUCACAGGAGGAACCAGCUUUAUCGGAAAGGUUCUGCUCGAGAAAUUGCUACGAUGUUGCCCUGUAAAGCGCAUCUACCUUUUGAUACGCAGCAAGCAUGGUGUGGAACCAGAUGCGAGACUGGAUGCUAUGCUCUGUUCUGAAAUUUUUCAACGAAUCAGACAAGAAGUGCCCGAUGCUUUCGGUAAAGUGAAGGCAGUUGCAGGUGAUCUAGCUCUGCCAGACCUGGGACUAAGUGAAACUGACAUGCGCACCUUAGUGGAUGAAGUGUCGGUCGUGUUCCACUUGGCCUCCACAGUCAGGCCCAAAGAAACGUUCAAACAGGCCGUUCAGCUGAAUGUUUUGGGAACAUGGCGUACGGUGGACAUCUGUAAACAAAUGCGAAACCUCUGUGCUCUUGUUCAUGUGUCAACAGCAUACAGCAACUGGGGCAAGAGGGAUGUGCACGAGAUGGUGUACCAAACACCAGUAGAAGCAAACAAGGUUGUUGAAGCCGCUCUAUGUACCAACGAGAAGGCAACUAAACUAGGGAAGAAAUUCUUAAUUGGGCAGCUGAAUAAUUGCACUCUGACAAAUGCUGUAACGGAAUCACUACUGCUGGACGAGCGAGGACUGCUGCCUGUUGCUAUAGUCCGGACAUCCAUUGUCACUGCAUCGUGGAAAGACCCCUUCCCGGGGUGGAUAGACAAUUGCAACAGCGGCACCGAUCUCAUCGUGUCGCUAGGUUUGGGUUUGUUACCCUCGGUAGUACUGAGAAAUAACUGCGUUGCAGACCUUAUACCGGUUGACGUUGCGGCCGAUACGCUCAUCUGCGUUGCCUGGCAGAUCGCCACGACUAGGCCAACGUACCUGAGAGUGUACAAUUGUACCAGCGGCGCAUUACAACCACAUACGUGGGGCGAGGUGAUGAAGGAAUUACGGAGAACAAUGAUGCGAAACCCCCUCUCGAACAGCUGUAGCUUCCCAAGCUUCAUAAUCACCAGAAGCGUAGUCUUGCAUCAUCUCAUUAUGUACGGCCUUUGUUUCGUGCCUACGUUCCUACGAGACAUUACCCUGCGGAUAACUGGACCGCAGCUCAGUUCUGCUGCUCGUUAUGACAAGGCCAUAAACGCCAUGGAAUUUGUGCAGUUCUACACCACAAACAGCUGGCUGUUUCGAUCAAACAACGUCGUGGGGCUGAUCAACGACCUCUCUCCCACGGACAAGCAGUUGUUCAACAUUGACGUGCGGAAGUUGGAGUGGGGCCAGUACUGGGAUCAGUACAUACAAGGAAUCCGCAAGUUCAUCUUCAAGACCGACGAUGCAGAACUUUCAACUACACGAAAACACUUUGGGUGGCUCGACGCCGUGCGCUGGUUCUGGUACUUGGCCCUCGCCGUUCUUGCGUGGCGACUUGCGCUAACACCAAUGGCUUGGAACAUCUACAGCUCAGCCGGUGCCUUCGCCACGGGACUCGGCGCCAUUAUUGGCUCCCCGUGGUCGCUGUAAUUCUCGCCAUCACAAAAAAAAGAAAAGAAAGAAACAUGGACAGGCGUGCAUUAUGGGCAAAGCUGAGCGCACAUAAUCUACAGGCGAAGGUUUCGAAGUAUAUAGCGCGACGUUGGUUUGCUAUGGUCGUGAAUUCGCUAGCGUAGUUGCGCUUCCGCGCACCUCCUGCCAGACAUUUCGCAACCACUGAGUGAGCCUCAGUGUCUCACACCAGCCACUGAGGCCCGAGCCCCUUAUGACCUCGGCCGCUCUAAAUUUCCCGAAUUAAGGUAGACUUCGUCUCUAAUUUCAAAACGGUCGCAUGCGAAACUACCGCAACGCAAGGGAAACCACCUCAUUAUCGUAACAAUGGCUUUAAUAUCAGAGUAGCAGUUCUGCUUAAUACAAGCAGGCUUUGCCUUGUCCGUUUCUGAAAGUAUAUGAAAAUUACUUUUGUAAAACAUAUGUUUGGCUUACCAGUGCUCAAUGCUAUGCUCAUUACCAUAAGCAAGGUAACUUGAUAAAGAUUCCGGCGCUCAUGGGUCACUUUUCAAGAUCAAACUUCCUGGUCGUCUGAGCCUCAGCAGUCAUUAGGAUCUGUAGGUCUGAUUGGGAAGGAAUAGAAACCCACAACGGCUAUCGAAAUAAUGUUUAGCGCAAGUUGUAAGCAACGAUAUCUAUCAGUGUGCUGCAUUUUUUUGUCUCGCAAGGCUUCUAACAAACUCUGCCCUGUUACAACGGCUGCAUCAAAUCGUAAUGUACAAAAUGUUUUUUUAUUAAUUCAAUCAAAACAUAGAAUAAAAUAACUUCUUCUAGUGGAGUAGUCCAUUUGCUUGUUGCUUUUUUCCCUUUUUCUUCUCCUGCGACGCCGUGACGUUUGUUUACAUU